AUGGCUUUGUCAGCCAAAGGGAGUGUCAUCAACAGGGUAGAUGGUGAUCUGAUAGUAAUUCUGGUAUAUGUUGAUGACCUUCUGGUUACGAGGAAUAACUUGGAGCGUAUUUAUCAAGUAAGGACAAAUUUGCAAGCUAAGCUCAAAAUGAAAGACUUGGGAGAAUUAAAAUUCUUUCUAGGAAUUGAGUUCUCCAGAUCUAAAGAAGAAAUUCUUAUAAAUCAAAGGAAAUAUGUUGUUGAGUUAGUGUCAGAGUUGGGAUUAGCUUGUAGAAAUCCUGUUGCUACACCUCUGGAGUUCAAUCACAAACUCACCUCAGUAGCAUUUGACAAAUUUAUGAACAAGGGAGAAGCCUCUACAGAUGCACAACUUGAGGAUCCAAGUAGCUAUCAGAGAUUGGUAGGCAGAUUGCUACACUUGACAAUGACAAAGCCAGAUAUUGCCUUUGUUGUUCAAGGUUCAUGUGUGGAGGAAAAAAAGUCUAUCACUGGUUAUAUAGUUAAGUUUGGUGGAGCAUUAAUCUCUUGGAAACCCAAAAAUCAAAGCACAGAUUCUAGGAGUUCUGCUGAAUCGGAAUUUAGAAGUAUGGCAGCUAAUGUUGCUAAAGUUACUUGGCUAGUUGGCUUGUUUGGAGAGCUAGGAGUUACAGUGAAUACUCCUGUACAGUUAUUCUGUGAUAGCAAAGUUACUAUACAAAUUGCAGUACACACCCCAUAUUCAUGA